AUGUCUGUUGCAAGCACACCUCCAAAUCAAUUUAGAUCCGAGCGUAGUCGAUAUACCUUCCGACUGUUGGAUCCUGCGACCACCAAUGGACACUGUGUUAUUCAGGCCAAACCUGAGCCUGAUUCCUCUAUUCGAUGGAACCCAGAUUGUCCCUCAGAUUCCCAAUUCAACCUAUCCGCGAUGAUAGGAAACGAUAACGCCUGCUUCAAGUGGGGAAGAUAUGCAUUCGAGAGAAGUGGCUGUGAUUUUAAACUCGUCGACGAACCUGGCACUUGUGCUUGUUUGCUCACCGGAAAGCUCGUUGAUCUGAACGGGGAGUACAAGGAUGCGUUUAUCAACAUCGAUGAGAGACUGAAGGUCGAAGAAUAUAUGAUCAACAAGAACACCAAUGUUGUAAAGCUUGUCGAAUUACUAAAAAAGGAUGAUCCUUCGAAACAGAUGGUUUACUACCAAACUGGAGUGGGGACAUAUUCUCCCCCUGGGAUGUUGACAUCUGCCGGUUUAGCAAUUGCCUCCAAACUAGACGAGGCGGUAGCAUGGUAUCUUUAUCAACAUGUUAUAGAUGGAUAUAGGUAUCUUAUGGAAACCUACCGCAUGGGUGAUAGAAUCGCAUUGUUUGGUUUUUCCCGUGGGGCCUUUACAGCUCGAGCACUUGCUGGGAUGCUCCAUUCAGUGGGAUUGCUACCUCAGCAUAACCACGCAUGCCUAGAGCACAUUCCGUUCGCAUAUGAAGUUUAUAAGAACGGUAAAAGUCAUACAAACACUCCCGCAAAUACUGCGUUUAGUACAACAACCAAGGCCAGCGCUCGAAAGGUCGAUCCAGCAGAAUUCAAGCGGACUUUCUGUAUUCCUAUUACAGUAGACUACGUCGGGGUAUGGGACACAGUAGCUAGCGUUGGUGCACUGGUUCCUCAGUCUCUCCCGUGGGUUGACUAUAAUCCGAGCAUUAUGAAAUUUAGACAAGCGCUGGCACUAGACGAGCGACGCGGUAAUUUCAUCCCUAGUGUUUGGGAUCACCGCCGCACAACAAUUGUCCAGGAUGUCAAGGAGGUUUGGUUCAAGGGUGAACAUUCUGACGUCGGCGGUGGCUCUUCGGGUUCAGAAAACAAUAAUCACAACAUGCUCAGCAAUAUAACAUUGCGGUGGAUGGUCCGUCAGACAAUAGAAUGCGGAACGGGCAUUCUCUUCGAUCAUGCUGCCAUCGAGCUGUACCGAAAAAGAAAUAUCCUUGAGAUCCCAUCGGCUGAAGGACCAAGGCCUGGAAAGGACUGGAUGAAACGAUUGGCUGAGUCAAGGAAACUCGAUCAAGUGGAUAUAAAACAGGGUAUAUACGAUUCGAUUGGAUGGUCACUGCUAUGGAACGGGCUGGAAUACUUUGCAUUCACGGCAAAGCCAACUAAAACAAUAAGAUGCGAACCAAUUGCAUCACGCUGGCCGCACGCAAAAGCAGGACGGGAAAUAUUUCGAUUCAGAGAAAAAGAUCCUAUCUAUCUUCAUAGUUCUGUUGUGGAUCAGUUAGCAUCAUACGGUCCUGUCAUACACAAAAGGGAUUAUCAGCCCCGUGCCAGGUGGUAUGGGUACGGCAAACAAGAGUGGCCACGCAUUGAAGAUGUAUCUCCGAGUACCGAACAUGGCUCUCCAACAUCAGGUGCCAGGAUCCCAGACGACGCUAAAUUAAGACUUAAUAUGAAUAAACUUCUGGGUUAUGAACUUGCAUCUACAAUUACGACUGUGACAGUUUCUCAGGUACAUUUCGAUCUAGAGGCUCAGUUCUGUGCUCCUAUAUUGGGCGGGCUCAUUCUCGCGACAUGUGUGGCCAUCGCGCUUCCACAAGCAUUUCUCCAUUGGAGGAGAAAGUCGGCAAAGGGAAUUAGUUUGACUAUGCUGUGGUUGUGGCUUAUUGGCGAUAUUGCCUCACUUAUUGGUACUGUCGUACAAGGGCUCUUACACACUCUCAUCAUCCUAGGCGUUAUUAACGGGCUCAUUGACAUUCUACUUAUUUGGCAAUGCUACCACUAUGCGAAAUGGCAACAAUUUGCUGCCAUGCUGCGCUAUUUUCGUGGACGCGAGCGAGGUCCGGGUGCAUCAUCCGCUCCAGACCAACCGCCCUCAACGACGCCCACCCUGACAGCCAUAACUGCAGCUCCGCCAGAGAAGUCACGAACAUAUAAAUCCACUUUCUACCACACAAUUUAUGUCCUACUGGUCGUUGGGAUUUCCAUCAUGGUUUGGGGGCUGGUUGUAGCAAGAGUUCGGAGAACUGCCAAUUUGCGUGCGGGAGAAGAUGGGACAGACCCAGAGUUUGAAAAGGUUGGAGCAGCGUUUGGCUGGCUCAGCAUGGUCAUUUAUACAACCUCUCGUUACCCACAGAUCUAUAAGAACUGGAGAUCUAAAUCAUGUCACAAUCUGAGUAUCUGGAUUUUCGUACUUUUGAUCAUCUACAACAUCACAAACAUUGCCUCUAUCCUCGUGAAGUCUACCAAAAAAUCGUACUUGAUCGUCAAUCUCCCAUGGAUUGUGAAUUCCGCGUUCAACGUUGUACUUGAUCUUUUUAUCAUGGGCCAAUUUGCCUUGUACAGAAAGCAUAGAGGAGCCGCUAAUGAACCAACGGUGGCGCCCACAACACCUGAGGGGAUGGACAAGGAGCACAAGGAGAAUGUGUAG